AUGAAUAACUUCAUCAACGGUAUGGAACGUAGAUAUGGUUUUGAUCUUAAUGGCGAUGGUUAUAUCGGAGGAGAAGGAUUUAUGGGCAGAAUGGAAAGAUGGACUGGCAUAGAUAUUAAUCGAGAUGGUAUACUAGGACAACCGUAUGAUGUGCAUCCUACCUUUGUAACAGGGUAUGGAUAUGGCCAAACUAAUACGUAUUAUCCUCGUACUACUAUGUAG